AUGGCCUGUGUUCUCCUCUUCAGGCUGUUCUUACUCUUGGUCCUGGCAGCCUUUUCCCAAGGCAAGCGCCUGGGCCCUACAUCUCCGCUCCGUUAUUCUAGGUUCCUAGACCCUUCCCAUGCUGUUUUUCUGCGCUGGGACUUUGAUUAUGAGGCUGAGUUCAUCACAUUUGAGCUCCAAGUCCAAACAACUGGCUGGGUUGGCCUGGGCAUCACAGAUCGCUACACUUUUGUGGGAAGUGAUCUGGUAGUUGGAGGAGUCCUUCCUGAUGGCAAUGUCUACUUUUCGGACCAGCACCUUCUAGAUGAAGACACUCUGGAACAGGAUGGGAGCCAGGAUGCCGAACUACUAAAGCUCACAGAAGAUUCUGUCUCUACCACUAUGCGCUUUUCCAGGCCCUUCCGAUCCUGUGACCCACACGACCUUGACAUUACGAGUGACACCAUGAGGGUCCUGGCUGCCUAUGGCCUAGAUGACAUACCGAAGAUGAAUCGGGAGCGUACUUUUGUCAAGUCAAUCUUCUUGCUGCAAAUGCUACAAUAUGAUGACCAAGAUGCCCCUGAAGACACCAUCAUCCAUGACUUGACCAUCAGUAAUUUCCUCAUUCCAGAGGAUGACACCACAUAUGCCUGCUCCUUUCUUCCGCUCCCCAUCGUCAGCAAGAAGCAUCACAUCUACAAGUUUGAGCCCUUGCUGGUGGAGCGCAAUGAGACAAUGGUUCAUCACAUCCUCGUGUAUGCAUGCGGCAAUGCUAGUGUGCUCCCCACGGGCAUCGGUGAAUGCUAUGGCUCGGACCCUGCCUUCUCCCUCUGCUCCCAUGUCAUCGCAGGCUGGGCUGUUGGGGGCCUUAGUUAUCAGUUUCCAGAUGAUGUUGGUGUCUCUAUUGGAACCCCCUUGGACCCUCAGUGGAUUCGACUGGAGGUUCACUACAGCAAUUUUCAGAACCUCCCUGGUAUACGUGAUACCUCAGGGAUUCGGCUGUACUACACCUCACACCUUCGCAAAUAUGACAUGGGAGUCCUGGAGCUGGGCAUCUCAGUUUUCCCGAUUCACUUUAUCCCCCCGGGAGCUGAGGCUUUCUUGUCCUAUGGGCUAUGCAAGACAGAGAAGUUUGAAGAGAUGAAUGGGGCCCCAGUAUCUGACAUAUACGUAUAUAGCUACCUGAUUCACACCCACUUAGCUGGCCGCUCCCUGCAAGCUGUACAAUACAGAAAUGGAACCCAACUCCAAAUAAUAUGUAAAGAUUAUUCAUAUGACUUCAAUCUGCAAGAGACUCGAGACUUACCUCAGCCUGCAGUGAUUAAGCCGGGGGAUGAGCUGCUGAUCGAAUGUAACUACCAGACUCUGGAUCGUGACUCCAUGACUUUUGGAGGUCCCAGCACCAUUAAUGAGAUGUGCCUCGUCUUCUUCUUCUACUAUCCCAGAAUUAACAUCUCCAGUUGCCUGGGAUACCCUGACAUUAUCUAUGUGACCAAUGAGCUGGGAGAAGAAGCCUCAGAGAAUCCCAUGGAGAACCUGAUGGUCCUGAAUAAUGUUGAAUGGACACCAGAGAACAUUAAGAAAGCAGAGAAAGCUUGCAAGGAGUCCCAGCAGACAGUGCUGAUCAAGACUAUUGAUGAAGAAGUAGAAAAUACAACAGGUUGGAUUCCUGAUAUUAUCCCAACUCUUCGAGGGCCAUGCUUAGAGUCCUCUGGAGGCAAAGUGGAACCUCAGGACAAGACCCCUGCAGGCUUCAGGGCUGCACCAAUGGCCCUCUCUGGCUCCAAUACUGCCACCCUGAGGCACCUGCCCCUGGUUCUUAUCUUGUUCCUGCAGGGUACACUCUCAGGGCUCCUUGCCAUGCUGCAAACUGGAGUAUGA